GUCAGGAUUCCCAAUCCAAAGACAUUGGCCCUGAUGGGAUGGAGCCCAAAGGUGUCAUCGAGAGUAACUGGAAUGAGAUUGUUGACAGCUUUGACGACAUGAACCUCUUAGAGUCCCUUCUCCGUGGCAUCUACGCCUAUGGUUUUGAGAAGCCCUCUGCUAUCCAGCAGCGAGCCAUUCUACCUUGUCUCAAGGGUUAUGUUGUGAUCGCUCAAGCCCAAUCUGGCACUGGGAAAAUGGCCACAUUUUCCAUAUCAGUUCUGCAGCAGAUUGAAUUAGAUCUAAAAGCCACCCAGGCCUUGGUCCUAGCACCCACUUGA